CUCCUGGUAAGAUCCCAAUAGGUUGCAAAUGGGUAUUUAAAGUUAAAUACAAGUCUGAUGGAUCCAUAGAACGUUUCAAAGCUAGGUUAAUUGCCAAAUGCUACACUCAAACCUAUGGCCUAGAUUAUUUUGAUACCUUUAGUCAUGUCGCUAAGAUUACCACCAUUAGAGCUUUACUAACUUUAGCUGCUAUUAAUAAUUGGCACCUGCAUCAUUUAGAUGUAAAUACAGUCUUUUUACAUGGAGACCUUGAUGAAGAGGUAUACAUGGUUCUACCCCAUGGCCUAACUACUGAUCCUGCUGAUGCAAACAAAGUUUGCAAGUUAACCAAAAGUCUAUAUGGUCUGAAACCAGCCAGUAGACAGUGAUUCCUCAAACUAACAUCCAAACUUAUUUCCCUUGGUUAUACACAGUCUAAAUCGGAUUAUUCUUUGUUUAUUAAAAAUCAACCUACUUCCUACACUGCUCUACUUGUCUAUGUGGAUGAUAUAGUAUUAACUGGUAAUGAUAUGUCUGAGAUAAAUAGGGUAAAAGAACAUCUAGAUAAAGCUUUUACUAUAAAAGACCUAGGUAAGCUUAAAUAUUUUCUUGGGAUGGAGAUAGCUCGCUCUUCUGCAGAUAUACACAUGAACCAGAGAAAAUACGCUCUGGAACUUCUAGAGGACCAAGGCAUGCUGGCCUCCAAGCCUGCCAACUCUCCUCUUGAGCCAGGACUACAAUUAUCUCAAACAACAGGAGAACUUCUUUCUGAGGAUGAAGCAACCAACUAUAGGACACUAGUAGGCCGAUUGCAGUACCUCUGCAAUACUCGACCAGGCCUACAGUUCGCUGUAAACUAUCUGGCACAAUUUGUCUCCAGUCCCAGAACUCCUCAUCAGCAAGCAAUUCAACGGGUUCUUCGUUACAUCAAGGCAGCACCAGCACAAGGACUGUUCUUCUCCGCAAAGUCAUCUGUUGAUCUUCAUGCAUAUACUGACGCGGAUUGGGCAGGCUGUCUUAACACUAGAAGAUCUACUUCAGGCUAUUGUGUCUUCCUCGGACACUCUCUGAUCUCCUGGGCUGCUCAGAAGCAACAUGUUGUUUCCCGCUCCUCAGCAGAAGCUGAGUAUAGAGCUCUGGCAGAAACAACAUGUGAGCUGCAAUGGCUAUCAUCCCUGCUCAAGGAACUGCAUCAGCAAGUACAACUGCCACUAUAGGUUCAUUGUGAUAGCAAAUCUGCUAUUCACAUGGCGUCCAAUCCAGUCCAGCAUAAGCGCACAAAGCACAUAGAGCUAGACUGCCAUCUUAAGCGCGCAAAUCUGCUAUUCACAUGGGUAUCCAUUUUUCAAGAACUUAUCUCCAAGCUGCCCAUCCAUUCCAUACAUGGUCAGCUUGUCGGGGGAGAGGGGGGUGUUGAGGGAAACUGUAUCGUUUCCAUGUAGAUAGGUUAGAUAGGUUAUUGGUUCAUGAAUGAACCGGUUAGAUAGGU